AUGAUAACACAAGGUAGAGUCCGUUAUCUCACCGUUUACAUCAUACUGUCGUCAUUGCUCUACGCAGAAGCUGCACAUUCGUCUUCCAAUAACCAAAAUAUGGCAAAUCCAAUACCUUUCUCCACGGUUAUUAAACUGAUCAAAUACGUCGCUGAUGAUUUGGAGCUUAUAUACAAUAUUUUAAAAGAGGUUGAUGAAACAAAUAAAUCAUCCGCAGAUAAGCAUAGGUAUUUCCUUGUAAUGAAAAAACUUCAUGGAAUUGCGGUUCGUUCGAAGAUCUUAUUCGAAAAAUGUGUGAAAGGAAAAGGAAUGGUUCGCAUCCGAAAUUUUCUCUCCGCAAGACCCAUCAAGAAAGAAUUAGAAAAAAUACAAUCGGAAAUACCACUUGCAAUCAGCAUGUUAUCUUUGGUCUUCCAUGUCAAACAAAACUUUGGUCGUACUCGAGGUGGUCUACCAAUUCCGAAAGCUGAUGAAUCAGUAUUUGACAACGAAGAUGAACAAACUACCGAAGGAGACUAUGCCGAAUACUAUUUAGACGAUGAUACUGAAGAUGAAUAA